AUGUUGGCGGAUUCUAGCGCUUCUACCCUUAUCGAAAACCCGCGGCAGUUCACUGACUCGUGGAACCACGUAGUAGCCCUCGCGAUCGGAUCCAAUAUAGGUGACAGCUGCCGCAACAUCGAAUACGCCCUCCGUCUCCUCGAGGACCCUUCAUCGCAUCUCCAAUCUGGAGAAACUGGAGCCCCGAAUGUGCCCCCGCACCUAGUAGUUACUGACACUAGCUUCAUGUACCAGAGCGCGCCGAUGUAUGUCACCGAUCAACCUCCUUUCUUUAACUGCGCAUGCAUAGUAGAGACUAACGUACGGCCGCUCGCGCUUCUGAGGGUGCUCAAGGGCAUCGAAGAGACCGUUGGGCGCGUCCCGUCGAUCCGCAACGGCCCUAGGGCGAUCGAUUUAGAUAUCAUCCUAUAUGAUGAUUCUGUGCUCGACACUAGACCGCUGGCAGAACGCACGACCUUAGAUAACCUCCAUGGUCAAUUGGUCGUCCCUCAUCCUCGGCUGUGCGAGAGGGAGUUCGUUCUUCGGCCUCUGUUUGACAUGAUCCCGGACUACAUACAUCCUGUGCAGCGCAAAACUAUACGGGCAUUGCUAGAGUUUCUUCCAUUGAGCGAUCCCCCGAUGGAAAGGGUUAUUCCUUUUCCGAAGUACCCCUCUUCCGGCGAUACAUCCAACAAAAUGCUCUCCGGCGUACCUUCGACAUCUACACGCUGGACAUACCCCAUCCCCACUCAACCAGCUCCAUCAAACCCCAAACCACGCAAGACACACGUUAUGGCCACCCUCAACACAACCCCCGACUCAUUCUCCGACGGCUCCGACCACACCGCCCCCCUCUCCGCGAUCGCAUACGUCGAAUCAUCCGUCGCAGCGGGCGCCAGUAUCAUCGACAUCGGGGGCUACUCCACUAAACCCGGGGCCGCUUUCGUUUCCCCCGAAGAAGAAACAUCUCGCGUCGUCCCGGCAGUGGAACAAAUCCGUGGGCAUCCGGACGCUAGUGCGAGGCAAGUGCUGAUUAGUGUGGAUACGUUUCGGCCUGAGGUGGCGAAAGCUGCUGUUUCUGCGGGUGCGAAUUGUAUCAACGAUGUGCAUGCGUUUUCCGGGCCAAAUUCGUAUCCACUGAACUUGGCGAAUGAGAACAUGACGCAGAUGAUAGAGGUAGCGAAGGAUCUGGCUGUGCCCGUUGUUCUUAUGCAUUCGCGGGGCGAUGCCGGGAAGAACAAGGAUUACAGAGAAUAUAGCUAUGCGGGAGAGAACGAGGCGCCUGUGCUGGAAGGCGUGAAGGUCGAACUGGGAGAGAAAGUAGAAUAUCUGGUCAAGCACGGCAUUCGGCGGUGGUUCGUGAUCGUGGAUCCAGGGAUCGGCUUCAGCAAGACCGUCGAAGGAAACCUUGAGCUACUGAGAAAUGCAGGGCGCCUCGUGUCAGACGCAGAAAUUGGAUCUGAGCACCUGAACACUAAGCGGCGGAAUCCGUUGUUUGGGUACCCUAUCCUUAUUGGUGCGUCGAGGAAAUCGUUCUUGGGGGAAAUUUUAUCGCGAGGGGAAAAUGGAAGGAAGACUACACCGAAGGAACGAGGAUGGGCAACGGCGGCGGCGGUUGCAUGUGCUGUACAACAGAAAUCACUGGUGGUCCGGGUCCAUGACACAAGGGAAAUGAGCGACGUUGUGCAGGUUUCUGGGGCAAUAUGGUCUUGA